UUAUGUUAGGUUAUGUUAAAUCAUAUACAAAAGUUUUUUUCAUUGAUAAUAUAAUAACUUGUAUGCAUUGUUCAACGAAUAUUAUCUACGCGUUUGUCAUGAUAAAAUUAUCGGUUUUCUAGACCUCUUUUGCAUCAAACUUCACGUCAAAUCGAGCGGCAUCGAAAUGUCCGGUAAGCUGCCUCGAUCUGCGAUGAGCUUGAAACAGUUCAUGGUUCACCAAGAAGUGUUGAAAUUGUACCGAAAUAUUAUGCGAACAAUUCGACAAGUUCCAGAUGAGAUGGACCGGCGUUACCUUAGAGAUUGGGCGAGAAAUGACUUCAGGUCUAACAGGGACAUCAAAGACGAAUUUGCCAUCAAGUCUCUAAUAAUACACGGAGAAAAUUCGCUCGCCGAACUAAGGAGAAAUUUAAAUCGAACAAAGGGCUCGUGAAAGCUAUUCGCUGAACAUAGGUGCAACUUAAUGAAUUAUCUAUAAAUACGUAAUUAGUUCUUAAUACUUGGUAUAUAAUAACGAUAGUAGCAAAGAUAAAUAUAAACAAUUACAUAAAUUAAGGAUUCUAGUCUAAAUUAUUUUAUUUACAAAUAUAUACACGAGAUUGAUGCUGAGAAAGAGUGUUCCUAUGCAUGUAACCGUCAGAGCAAGCGCCUGACGCAAGCUUUUCUGACGUAUUCUAGAUCUGAGCAUGAACAGAGCAGCGACGAUAUACUGACCAUCAAAACAAAAGCAGGGCACCACAUUAACAACCGCCAAACCUGCAGAAAACACUGUAACAUAUUUGCAGAGAAGAGCCAAGGCCUCGGGAAG